AUGAGUCGCUACGAUAAAGCCCACAAGGAUCCUCAAGGUCCAGGGGAUCAGCGACCAACCGCUUUGAAUAUUAUCCAUGACAAUGCCUUGGAAGGGGCGUUGACGGGGAAAGUAGCUGUCGUCACUGGCGUCUCAUCCGGUCUAGGAGUCGAAGUCGUUCGGGCUCUGGCGACAACAGGCAUAAGACUUUUCCUUACAGCAAGGGAUGUGACAAAAGCAAAGCAAGCUCUGGGGGAUCAACUGCAAGACACCAAGGUUGAGCUGAUUAAAAUGGAUCAGACCUCAAUGCAAAGUGUCCGAGAAGCUGCCAAAGUGAUUCUGUCGCGGACAAAUGCCGUAAACAUUCUCAUCAACAAUGCUGGAAUCAUGGCUGUCCCGGAACUCGAGCUUACCGCCGAUGGAUACGAAGUCCAGUUCGCUACCAACCACCUAUCACAUUUUCUCCUCUUCCAGCUUCUCAAGCGAGCUUUGCUGGCUGCAACUAGCCAUGAUUUUCAAUCGCGAGUUGUCAUGGUGUCAGCUUCAGCGCACCGUAUCUACAGCACACACCCCGACAACUACCACUUUCAAAAUGGUGGAUAUCACCCAUGGGUAGCAUACGCCCAGUCAAAAUGCGGGAACAUAUACAUGGCAAAUGAGAUUGAUCGCCGCUAUGGUCAUCUAGGUCUCCAUGGUAUCAGCCUUCAUCCAGGUAUUAUUGCCACAGAUGUUGGUAGGUUUCUAUCCGACGAGACAAAGGAAGCGAUGAAGCAGGACAAGAUGCUGCGGAAAGUGCUGAAGACCCCAGAGCAAGGAGCAGCGACCACGGUGUACGCUGCGGUCGACAAGGGUUUGGAGGGCAAAGGCGGGAAGUAUCUCGUCAACUGCACUGAAGCAACUCGCGGUCCCGAUGAUGGCCAAUCAUCAAGUGAAACUUAUGUUAGCCACACAUACUGCCCGCAGAAAGAGGCCGAGCUCUGGAAAGAUUCAUUGGAAAUGGUGGGCUUAGAAGAUGAUGAGUGA